AUGCAGGACCAGAAAGCAGAUAUCCACAACUUCUCAACCUCACCAUCCCAGCAUCGACUACCGACGGUUUCCGCCAUUGAAGCACUACAGAACAUAUCCGCCAAAUGUAAAGGAAUUUCCUGUAGUCUCCCAGUGCUUGAUACAAUCCUUGCCAACGGAAGCAAUAGGCUCUCAAUUGCCACACCUGGAAUUCAAAGGGGCCAUGUUACUGAAGUCUACGGGCCACCAGGGGUAGGCAAGACCACCUUCGGCUUGCAAACUGCUGUCAAUGCGAUUCACUCCAGCCACAAACAAUCCCAUGUCCUGUGGGUCGACACAGGUUCUCCCUUCAUCGAAGAAAGAUUGGACGACAUGAUGAGCUCGUACACUAUUCCCAGAGAUGCGGAAGUCCGUUCAUCACCACCAGAGCCUCUGGACACUGAGUUACUUCUGGACGACAAGUUUACCCGCCUGCACGCUUACACGCUUCCUCGUCUGUUGACAGUAUUUUUGCACCCUCCUCACUCCUUCCCCUCGUCAAAAACGUGUUUAAUUGUGGUUGAUGACCUCUCCAACCUCCUCCUUGGGUCAUUUUCGCGAAAUCCAAGAAAUAUCAAGGCCUCCGCGCCGGCGGCUGUGAAAGAGAAGUUCGACAAGCAAGCCGUGUCGAAACGCUUUCAGAUUAUAGAAAAUCUCGGCGCUGCAAUGUCAAAAAUGGCCGCCAUCAAAAACAUUGCCAUUCUGGUCUUGACCAACACGACGACGAGCUUGCGAAAUCGUAACCGGGCGACUCUGAAAGCGGCAUUGACCAGCCAUGCUUGGGAUUCCGCUGUCCAUACCCGAAUCAUGCUCUACCGGGAUUUCGCCGAUGAUGGACAAUUCAUCGAUAUACUGGGGACCGAGUCUCCGGGUUUGCGGUACGCGGAGGUCCAGCGAAUGGCCUGGAAAGACCUUUGCACGAAUCCAGUCCCAUUUGCUAUCUUGUCCAAGGGCCUCUGCCAACUGAACCCAGCCUCUUCACCUGGCGAAGCACUUGGGGGUGCUAAUUCCGAUGAGGAGGCCAAGCUAUUCAGUACUGACAAGGAAGACGACGUCCCGCUUCUCCCGGCGGAACUUUCCCAGCGAAACCAAGGUGAGAUGCCCAUACUGUCUAAAAAAAGGAAAAUCAUCGAGAUCGCCGACAGUGAAGAUGAGGGCGAGGAAAAUGGCACUGACGGGCUGUCGGAUUUGGACGAGCCCGAACUUCCACACAUGGAAUUGGUAUCUCGUUCAGUAACGGAUGAGAUGAUUCUCGAAACACACGAAACGGCACUGUUGAGGAGAGAGAGAUAUGCACGAAUCAAGGGCUCGGAGGACGAGAUACCCAUCCUGUCGUCGGAUUUAGUAGAAGACGGCGAUACCCCUUCAUCUCCCGAAAAAAUGUCCCCUUGA